GUCUCCCUCUUUUAUACUGUCUUCCUCUCUCGACUGCAAAAGUAGUUACCAAACAGUAGUUACCAGGCAGGGUUAAAGACUUUUGAGCUUCCAAGCUACUCUACAGACUUUUAUGUUGGAACAAGAGCAAUGAAGUCACUGAUGGAUUGAUUUUUUGUGUGCUACCUUUCAGCCCCUGAAGAAUCUGGUCUUAUUGGCUGAAAUUGGGCCAGAAUGGAGCAGCGCUGGACGCUGUGUGCAUUGCUAUUCAUAGCAACACUGAUACUAGGCCACUGCCAGAGUGGUGAUGGAGGGGACUGGGGAUCAGGCAAUAUGCCAGAGCUUUUGUUCACCACUACCGCAACUCCUAUUCCAAACACAGUCUAUAAUGAUCCAGCCAACCCUGGGAGCACAGACUGGACCAAGCCGCUUUUUCAAGUCAUUCCAGACAGCAAAGCUGAUGGCUGCUCGGUCAAUUUCCACACCAGCCAGGCUAUGUCCAGGCGAUUACAAGUGGCCAAGGAGGAGAUGGCUUAUUUGAAAGCCCUCCAGCAUGGGAAUCAGGCAGUGAUGGAGAAUCUGAUCCAGUUUGUUGGAGCAGAAAUGGGGGAUCAGAGCUAUCAAGAGAUUAUACAAGAAAAUAUUGCUGCUAUCAAGGAGAAUCAUGCAAGUUGUGUGGGAGUGUUGAAAAAGGCAACUGAGGAGUUGGAGGACCAGUUAGAAGGUGCUGAUUUUGCUGGAAUUCAGAAAAUCAGUGAAGAGUCUUUGACCUUUGAAGGGAUGCUGCGCGCUACAACAAACCUCGCCAACCAACUGGAGACCUCCUCACGGACCCUUCACCUCCGGAUAACAGAGCAGCUGAGAAAGAGCUUAAAACUAAAAAGGACAUAAACCCCAUAAAGGGAAGACUAUCAUGCUUGUGAAAUGUGACACCCUCAAAUGGCAUGAAGACAAAAGGAAUUAAGAGGAUAAUUUAAUAUUUAAGUGAUUUUCAAAGAUGUGAUAAUUAAAUAAUCAGAAAAUCACUUCAUUAUACUCUAGGUUAAAAGUUUAAAGUUUUGCACAAGUUUUAAAUUUGUGAAUUAAAAUGGUCUACAUAAAAAAGAAAAAAAUCUUGGAAGAAUAGUGACAUAUAGUACAAUUGUUUUUGAAUUCCAGGCAGCUAGCUAAGUGUUAUUGCUUUCUUGGUGCUAGGGUGCAGCUGGAGAGUGGACAGCAUGGGCCCCUCAGUCAGUGCAGAUAUAUGUGUGCUGGGAGGAGAAAAAGAGAAAUGACAGUGAGGUCAUAGAAAAACAAAUGGAGCCUCAUCUGGCAGCCAAAGCAGAAGGGUGUUUGUUAUCACAAUUGUUUAAUUCCUCUCAAUUAAUCAUAACGAAACACUGUGUAAAGUAUGAUUUAUGUUGACCAGCUGUAAAUGGGCUGUGUGCAGAAUGUAUAUGUGCAUAGUUGAAGGAUAAAAGUGCUUGGAUGCCCUGUAGAGUAUGCAUACUUACAUGCAUACUUAUGCAUAUUUAGAUGCUUUGGGACAUUAUUUAGCUAAUAUAGGCAUAUUCAUCUGUACAGAAUAAAGUGCUAAUUUAACCUCA